UGGGGUGCCUCCCCCCCCCCCCCUCCUCCAACUUCUCACCCCCUCCCUUCCCCGCCGCCGGGAUGUUCAGCUGGAUGCGGAAGAACGAGAAGAAGAGCCCCGAGGUGGUCCGCACCGUCACCGAGGGGCUGAAGACCCUCUACAAGAAGAAACUUCUGCCGGUGGAGGAGUUCUACCGCUUCCACGAUUUCCACUCGCCGGCGCUGGAAGAUGCCGAUUUCGACAACAAACCGAUGGUGUUGGUGGUGGGGCAAUAUUCCACCGGGAAAACCACCUUCAUCCGUUACCUGCUGGAGCAGGAGAUCCCCGGCAGCCGCAUCGGACCCGAGCCCACCACCGACUCCUUCGUGGCCAUCAUGCACGGGGAGACGGAGGGGAUCACGCCGGGCAACGCCCUCAUCGUCGAUCCCAAAAAACCUUUCCGGAAACUCAAUCCUUUCGGGAAUACUUUCCUCAAUCGGUUCAUGUGCGCCCACCUCCCCAACCAGGUGCUGGAGAGCAUCAGCCUCAUCGACACCCCCGGCAUCCUCUCGGGGGCCAAGCAGCGCGUCAGCCGGGGCUAUGACUUCCCGGCCGUGCUGCAGUGGUUCGCCGAGCGCGUGGACCUCAUCAUCCUCCUCUUCGACGCCCACAAGCUGGAGAUCUCGGAUGAGUUCUCCGAGGCCAUCCGAGCCCUCAAGGGCAACGAGGACAAGAUCCGGGUGGUCCUGAACAAGGCCGACAUGGUGGAGACGCAGCAGCUGAUGCGCGUCUACGGGGCGCUGAUGUGGUCCCUGGGGAAGGUGUUCAACACCCCCGAGGUGCUGCGCGUCUUCAUCGGGUCCUUCUGGUCCGAACCGCUCCUCAUCGCCGACAACCGGCAGCUCUUUGAGUUGGAGGAGCAGGACUUGUUCCAGGACAUCCAGAACCUGCCCCGGAAUGCCGCCCUGAGGAAGCUCAAUGACCUCGUCAAGCGAGCGCGGCUCGUCAGGGUCCACGCGCACAUCAUCAGCCGCCUGAAGAAGGAGAUGCCCUCCGUCUUCGGGAAGGACAACAAGAAGAAGCAGCUCAUCGCCAAACUGCCGCUCCUCUUCGCCCGCAUCCAGCUGGAGCAUCACAUCCCGCCCGGAGACUUCCCCGACUGCGCCCGCAUGCAG